GCCGCGCAUCUCUACGGAGGCAAGCAGAAUAUGGGACCAACCGCAACUAAUGCAGGCUUGCGUGGUUGCAGCGGCGAAAGCUGCGGAUCCUGAUGCUUACUGUCCCCCACUACGUCGCAUCAACAAGGCUGACGAAUCACCAGGCGACUCGUAUAGAGCACUA